AUGGCUGCUGAUGAUGGAUUCCGUCGCCCCUCCGGGCUGACGGUCGAACAGGGCGUGAGCACCUCGAAUGCGGAUCGCACCCUGGAGGAUAUGGGAUACAAGCCUGAAUUGUCUCGCAACCGAUCGAUCUGGCAAGUCACUUUCAUGUGCUUCAUUCUCUCUUCAGUUCCCUACGGCUUGUCGACCACUCUGUACUACCCACUCGCCGCCGGUGGGCCAGCCAAUGUCGUCUGGGGUUGGGUGAUCAUCUCUUUCCUGAUUCUCUGUGUGGCUAUCUCAUUGGCGGAGAUUACUUCGGUCUACCCGACCGCAGGUGGUGUCUACUAUCAAACAUUCGUCUUGUCGCCCUUGUGGUGUCGCCGCGUUGCAUCAUGGAUCUGUGGCUGGUCCUACGUCGCAGGAAACAUCACCAUUACCCUCGCUGUCAAUUUCGGAACGGCCUUGCUCUUCGCCUACCAUACCUUCCUUAUCUUCUUGGCUAUCACCCUGCUGACACACUCCAUCUCGGCGUUUGGCAACAAAUGGUUGCCGUGGUUGGAGACAUUCGCAAUCUUCUGGACCAUGGCCGGUCUCCUCGCCAUUGUCGUCUGCCUGCUGGCUAUCGCCAAGCAAGGUCGUCACGAUGCCGCCUGGGUCUUUGGCCACUUUGAAACUCAGGCUGGGUGGCCCGCGGGGUGGUCGUUCUUCAUUGGUCUCUUGCAGGCUGCCUACGCCACAUCGGCGACCGGCAUGAUUAUCUCACUCUGCGAGGAGGUCCGCGAACCCGCGAUCAUGGUCCCAAAGGCCAUGGUCGGAACCGUCAUUAUCAACUGUGUUGCCGGUCUCCUCUUCUUGGUCCCCGUCUGUUUCGUGCUUCCCGAUCUCACAUACCUGGUCAAUCUGGCUUCGGGUCAGCCCACCCCUGCCAUCUUCAAGGCCGCCAUCGGCAACUCGGCGGGUGCAUUCUGUCUGCUGAUUCCUUUGCUCGUGCUUGGUAUCAUUUGUGGAGUCGGUUGUGUUACCGCCACCUCUCGUUGUACUUGGGCCUUUGCCCGUGACGGCGGCAUUCCCGGCUCGGGCUGGUGGAGCACCGUCAACAAGACCCUCAACAUUCCUUUCAACUCUUUGCUAUUGGGUAUGGCUGUGGAAAUCAUUCUUGGUGUGAUCUACUUCGGAUCUACUGCUGCGUACAAUGCCUUCUCGGGCGUUGGUGUCAUUUUCUUGACCACGAGCUAUGCCUGCCCGAUCGCUGUUUCCCUGAUCUUCCGUGGUCGGGAGGAUAUCAAGAACGGCAGCUUCAACUUUGGAGUCUUGGGUCUGAUCGCUAACGUUAUUGCUCUUUGCUGGAGUCUUCUUGCGAUUCCCCUGUUCUGCAUGCCGACACUUAAGUCUGUCACCAGGGAGAGCAUGAACUAUGCGUCUGUGGUGUUCGCUGGCUUUAUUGUUAUCGCCGCCGUCUGGUAUGGUGUCUGGGGCUACAACAAUUACCGCGGACCGCCAACCGACGCCGUGGAGCGGGAUGAAACCUCCUCUGAGCCUUCAGCCUACGCUGAAGUCCCUAAGAAGACACCGAGCCACUGA